AGGAAGAAGAUCGAAGGAGAUUUCGUAACGAAAAGUCCAACACAGGCUGCUGUUGACAGUUGACUUUUGACGUAGCUUUGGCCUCUCUUACUAUAAAAAAGAAAAAACUCAAAACACCACCAACCCCUUGCUUCAAUUUCACAUUUGACUGCUACUACUACUACAAUACACCACCAUAAAAAACCAAAACCCAAACCAAAACCAAAACCAAAACCAAAACCAAGGCUCUCUCACCUACAACCGCUAUGCCUUCUCCUCAUCCAACAGAUUCAACAGCAAACGUUGAUGAUGACGGUGCCAUCUCCAUCUCCGCCGUCCAUCCCGACAUCAUCCAGGCCCACAUCCUCACCCGUCUCGACGGCCCAACUCUUGCCUCCGCCGGCUGCGCUUCCUCCCACCUACACGCCCUCUCCACCCAGGACAAACUCUGGCGAGAUAUCUGCACCUCUACGUGGCCUUCCAUAAACGACCCACGUGUCCAGCGCCUUAUUUUCUCCUUUCCAUCCGGUCACCGUUCCUUCUUCUCCGAUUCUUUUCCGCUUCUGGACCCCAGCUCCUUCUGCCGAUUCGGUCACGGCCGUCCGUUAUCUUCCACUUCGGAACUGAUUUCCGCCGUCGAUAUUUUCUAUAAAGACAGUCUUAUCUUCUCCAAGGUCCAAGAGAUCGAGACGCUGUCCGGGUGGUUUCUCUGCUCGCCAUUUCGGGUCGACCUCCUUGACCCGAAAGAGUCCGCCCCGACGCCGAUACAACACGUGGCGGGAGAGGACGACGGGGCCUGGCUGAAGCACCUGGAGGAGAAUUUGACACUGAGCUGGAUCGUAAUCGACCCGACCCGGAAAAGAGCGGCGAAUCUAUCGAGCCGGAAGGCGGUGUCGGUGCAGAGGCACUGGUUGACGGGAGACGUGCAGUUGAGGUACACGACGAUCAUGGCGAGGGGCCCCGGCAGGGACGAUGAUCACGUGGAGUGCGCGAUGGUGGUGACGUGCGGAGGGAAGGAAGGAGGGAAGUUAGAGGUGAGGGAAGUGAGCCUGCAAGUGGAGGACAUGGAAGGGAAGCAUUUGAGCGGGAGGGACAGUUUGGGGAUAUUGGAGAGUGCCAUCGAAGGAGGGAAGAGGAAGAAAUUAGCUGGGAAAGGAAGGGAAUUUGGAAAACAGAGGUACGAAGAGUAUUUGGAGAUGCAGAGACAGAGGAAAGAGAAGAAGGCGAGGAGGGAGAGAGCUCUGGACAUGGCCUGCAUUGUUUGUGGGAUCUCCAUGUUCGUGGGUUUCUGGACCUUCCUUGUGUUCAGAUAGCUAAGAUUUUCAUUUUCAUUUAUUUAAUUUUUUUUUAUUUCUACACUCCGACACUUGGAGUUGGUUUUUAAUUACUGUUAUCGGAGGUAUACGUGUAAUACGGCCAUAUACAAAUUUACUGAUGACAAUAUAUAUAUAUAUAUAUAUAGAAAUACAUACAAAAUAUCUUUAUUUUUUUUGGAAAAUUAACAACAUUUUCAUUA